AUGGGUGUUACGAAGCUCUGGAAGAUCGUGGAAGAAUCUGGAAAACCGGUCCGCUUGGAAGCAUUGAGGAAGAAGCGGCUAGCAAUCGAUGCGUCCAUCUGGGUUUAUCAAUUCUUAAAAGCCGUGAGAAAUAAAGAAGGUGUUGGACUUCGUGGGUCACAUAUCGUUGGGUUUUUCAGAAGAAUAUGUAAAUUAUUAUAUUUUGGCAUUCAGCCGGUAUUUGUAUUUGAUGGCGGUGCUCCAGUUAUCAAGUUGAACACAAUUGCUAAAAGAAGAGAACGAAGAGAAGGACAGCGGCAAAGUGCCAAAGGUACCGCUCAGAAGCUCUUGUUAUUGAAAUUAAAGAAACAACGGGAAAACGGAGAACCAAUCUCCCAACCUUCACCAACCAAUCAGGAUGAUGAUCUAAAGUCAAAGAUCUUUAAGAAAGAAGAUGAAUAUCAUUUACCAGAAUUGGAGAAGUUUUACUAUAAAAAAUCGGAUAAAAGAAUCAUUUCCCCCGAUGAUUAUCAAAAGUACGUGAGAUCAUUAGACAAUGACAUAGAAGAUAUCGAUCUCAAUAAUAUUGAUCCGGCCUCAGAUGAAUUCAAUCAACUAUCAUUGGAAAGACAGUACAUUAUUUUACACAAGUUAAGAUUAAGAUCGAGAUUAAGAAUGGGGUAUUCGAAAGAACAACUUCAAGAGAUUUUCCCCAACAGUUUAGAUUUUUCAAAAUUUCAAAUCCAAAUGGUGAAAAAACGAAACUUUUUAACCCAAAAGUUGUUGAAUGUCGUGGGGUUGGAUGAUAAUUUGCCCGAUGUGGAUUCUGUGGUGUCGAAAACCAGGCGCCUUGCAGGGGAAAAAGAUCAAGCCUAUACAUUGCAACGCAAUAGUAAUGGUUGGUCAUUAUCCAUUGAUAACAAAGGAAAUUCUAUUUCUAAUGCUAUUAAAGUAGAUGAUGAUGAUGAUGAUGGUGGUCCGAGCCCCAAAAAGCGGAAAAUUCUGAAUAAUGGUGGGUCCGACGAUGAUGACUUCAGUGAUAUCGAAUGGGAAGAAGUGAAAAUCAAACCAAAGGGUCCAAGAGAAAACUUCUCCCUCAAUGCAUUACCUCUACCCCCGGCAAGUGAACUGAUGGGUAGUGUUGCUUCCAAAGUGGCACUUACCGCUCUCCAGCACGCUGGAAAAAGAAAAGAGAACAGAAAUAUCGAACAGCGAUUGUAUGAUACAGCAGUAUCGAAUUCGCUCAAAGAGAGGGAUAUUGAACAGCAUCUAUACGAUACUGCAGUAUCGAACUCGAUGAAAGAUAAGGAGAAAAAAUAUCAAAUAGAAUUGAAAAAGGCAAUAGAGCAAUCGAAGAAAGAGUUGGAAACAAUCCGGAUUGAACAGGAACAAUUCUUAGAAAAUGAUCUUUUUGAGAUUGGACCCCAGGAAAACAAAAUAAAUCCAACAAGCUCUGUGAACACACAAAUUCCAAGUCUCCCAAAGUUUAGCCUCGGGAAAUCUAUAUUUCAAAAGCCUCUUGUGCAAAAAAAUCCAACACCUGAGCCAAAAGAGCCACCAAAUGACUUUCAAGAGAAUUCAGAAGAUGAUUUCAGCGAUGAUUUGGAAGAAAUUGCAGGAAGUGGUGCUAAAGUCUCAAACGAGAUGCCAGUAUGGUUCGAUAAUAAUAAUGAGAUAAAUGUUCAUAAUCCUCAGAAAUAUUUCCCAACGCAGACGAUUCUAUCGAAUGAUAAGUCAGAAGGGGAAAGUGAUGAAAUCAUUGAGAAUUUCAAAUAUGGGGAGCAGAAUAGGAAAAUGGGUGAUGAUUUGUAUGAAGAAGAUCAACAAGUUGUUGAAUUGGGUGAUGACAAUAAAGAAGUUAUUGAGAUCAACGAUGAUGAGAAAGUUAUUGAGAUCAAUGAUGAUGAUACGGCUAAUGAAGUAAAUGGUAAUGAGAAAGUUAAUGAAGUAUAUGAUGAUGAGGUUGCUAAUGAAUUAAAGGGAAAUGAGAAAGUUAAUGGAAUAAAUGAUAACAAGGAUGUUAUUGAGGUGAAUGACAAUGAAAAUAUUGAUGAGAUCAAUAAUAUCAAAGAAAUAAAUGGAGAUGAUAAGAUUAGUGGAACAAAUAACGAAACCUUACAAAAAGAAAGCCAAAAUCUAGAAAUGAAAGAACCAUCAGUACUACCAGAACGAAGUACUAAAGUGGAAAGUUCUACCGUGACUCUAGAAAAUGAAGAUUCUGGAUUGACCAUAUCUAAUGGAUCUUUGAACGGUGUAACCAUCAAUAAUAUAGAAACUGAUAAAAGCAAAGCUAUUCAAGGAGACCAUGCAAAACAAAAAAUAACCCACUAUGAUUUUGAAGAAGAUGAAGAAGAUGAAAUAAUUAGCGAUCUAGAAAGAGAAGAGACUGCCCAUAAUGAUUUCGCCAACAAUUUGCGCCAACAAUAUGUACCAACCCUGGCAGCUGCCCAACUGAAUUUCCGAUACAAUGAGGCGAAUUUACUACAGCAGCAUAAAAGGGAACUUAGGGAUUCUGAUGAGGUCACUGAUCAAAUGAUUGAUGAAGUCAAGGAUUUGCUUACCUGUUUUGGUAUUCCUUACAUUACUGCUCCGAUGGAAGCGGAAGCCCAAUGCAGUGAACUUCUUAAGUUGCAAUUGGUGGACGGGAUUGUUACCGACGAUAGUGAUUGCUUUCUUUUUGGGGGCGACAGAAUUUACCGCCACAUGUUCACCGAAAAAAAGUUUGCCGAAUUUUACGAUAUUAAGGAUAUUGACGCCAAAACCCAUUUAUCUAGAGAUAAGAUGAUUGAUCUUGCGUAUUUAUUGGGCAGUGAUUACACCGAAGGACUCAAAGGAAUUGGUCCCGUCACUGCGGUGAAGAUCGUUGAUGAGUUUGGUAGUUUGAAAAAUUUCAAAGAUUGGUGCAUAAAAUGUCAAGAAAGUAAUGCUGAUAAGCUGAAAUUAUUGAAUACUCCUUUCAAGAAAUCUUUGAGAAAAAGGUUGAUCAACAAUGAAGUCUAUUUAGACCAACGGUUCCCCGAUAAAACCGUCAAGAAUGCAUAUUUGUAUCCGGAGGUGGAUAGUGAUAAAACCAAUUUUGUGUGGGGACCCCCAGACCUUGAUAUGCUACGAACCUAUUUAAUGUCGAAGAUUGGUUGGAGUAAAGAAAAGGUCAAUGAAAUUCUCAUUCCCCUUAUUAGAAGAUACAAUUCUCCUUGGUGA